AUUCCGCUAUAGUUUUGCCAAUGCUCCUGUGAUUAUUUUCCUCUCUUGUCACUGUCUAUCUCUUCAUAUGAUUCCGGGGUCGCCCCCAAAUCCCCUCGCUCACUUUUCAUCGUUCCCUUGUUGACACCAAGAUCGGUUGACAGAAAACUCAAGAUCUGUUCUAUUCUUUCAUCUGUUAACCAAUUUAAGAUCUGGUUGGUUGAGUUGAAGACUACGCGUUUCCUGGUUGUUUUGUUGCCGAAAGUUAUUUUCUUUGCUGCCCGUAAAAUUGAAAGUUGACCUGAAUGGAAGAAAUCUCGGAGUUGCAGAAAAAUGAUUCUAUUCAAAUCAGGGAGGUAUGGAAUGACAAUCUUGAACAAGAGUUUGCUCUAAUUCGUGAAAUCGUGGAUGACUACCCCUAUAUUGCGAUGGAUACUGAGUUUCCGGGUGUGGUUCUUCGCCCCGUCAGGAAUUUUAAGCAUAUUAACGAGUAUAAUUAUCAGACUCUGAAGGAUAAUGUUGAUAUGUUGAAAUUGAUUCAGUUAGGUCUGACAUUUUCAGAUGAAAAUGGGAACUUACCUACAUGUGGAACUGAUACUCAUUGCAUUUGGCAAUUUAAUUUCCGUGAGUUCGAUGUGAACAAGGACAUUUUCGCUAAUGAUUCAAUUGAGCUUCUGAGGCAAACUGGGAUUGAUUUUAAGAAAAACAAUGAGAUGGGCAUUGAUGCAAACUAUUUUGCCGAGCUCUUGAUGUCUUCAGGAAUCGUUUUGAAUGAUAAUGUACAUUGGGUGACUUUCCACAGUGGCUAUGAUUUUGGAUAUCUGCUUAAGUUAUUGACUUGUAGGAAUUUGCCCGAGUCUCAGUCGGAUUUCUUUGAUUUGCUCAACAUGUAUUUUCCCAUGGUUUAUGAUAUCAAGCAUCUGAUGAAGUUCUGCAACAACCUUCAUGGUGGUUUGAAUAAAUUGGCAGAGCUCCUGGAGCUUGAGAGGAUUGGCAUUUGUCACCAGGCAGGUUCAGACAGUUUGCUUACUUCUUGCGCAUUCAAGAAGUUGAAAGAUAACUUCUUCAAUGGUUCCACUGAAAAGUAUUCUGGCGUUUUGUAUGGACUUGGUGUUGAGAAUGGGUCUGAAAAAUAAGUAGGAGUCCCCUAUGUAUGUUCCCUUCUGUAUUAACAUGUAAGGCAUGGAAAUCUCAUGUUGGUUGUAAACAUUUUCAGAGAGCUGUUGCUCAUUAGUUAUGUUGAUUGCUUUUUUAACUCCGUCUUCCCUGUAACUGAACCCGUUAUGGGUGUUGUAGUUUGAAUACUGUAAAAUAUUGCACUAAGUGUUUCAAUAACAGUUUUAUCUUUUCCUCA